AUCACGGCAAUACUCAAUAUUUUCAGUGUUACGAUAGAAAAGAAAGUCGGCUAACCUGCAUGCAAUCGAAUGCUUUGAAUAAGCUUUACAGUGAUUACCCGAUAAGAUACCUCGAUGGUUUCCGGUCCCUAACCAGCUCAAUCAAGAAAGUUAAUCGCAUAUAUCCAAAAUGCAAACAAACUAUAUCCAGUACCGUGCCCAAGCCUGUGCGAUAAAUGUUAUCCUGCUCUUAAUCCUGAUGAGUCAACAAUGCCAUCCCCAGAGGGUGGAGGUGCCAGCUGAAGUAAUCGUUGAUCCCAAAUUCAGUUCCCCAAUUGUGAAUAUGACAGCGCCCGUGGGACGUGAUGCCUUCCUAACGUGCGUCGUCCAGGACUUGGGUCCUUACAAGGUGGCGUGGCUUCGGGUGGACACCCAAACGAUCCUCACCAUACAAAACCAUGUUAUAACCAAGAACCAGCGAAUUGGCAUCGCCAACUCAGAGCACAAGACCUGGACAAUGCGCAUUAAGGAUAUUAAAGAGUCGGACAAAGGCUGGUACAUGUGCCAAAUCAACACGGACCCGAUGAAAAGCCAAAUGGGCUACCUUGAUGUUGUGGUACCGCCGGAUAUCCUAGAUUAUCCUACGAGCACGGACAUGGUCGUUCGCGAGGGCAGUAACGUGACGCUCAAAUGCGCUGCUACCGGUUCGCCAGAGCCGACAAUUACAUGGCGACGUGAAAGUGGAGUGCCCAUCGAGCUGGCCAGCGGAGAGGAGGUGAUGAGUGUCGAAGGAACUGACCUAGUAAUACCCAACAUCCGACGCCACCAUAUGGGUGCCUACCUGUGCAUUGCCUCCAACGGAGUUCCGCCCUCGGUGAGCAAGCGGAUAACCCUUGUCGUGCACUUCCCACCGAUGAUCACUGUGCAGAACCAACUGAUUGGAGCCGUGGAGGGGAAGGGAGUCACUUUGGACUGCGAGUCGGAGGCCUAUCCCAAGUCCAUCAAUUACUGGACCAGGGAACGCGGGGAGAUCGUGCCACCAGGUGGCAAGUACUCCGCCAAUGUCACGGAAAUGGGGGGCUAUCGCAAUUCGAUGCGGCUCCAUAUAAAUCCCCUUACCCAGGCCGAGUUCGGCUCGUACCGCUGCGUGGCGAAGAACUCCCUGGGCGACACGGAUGGCACAAUUAAGCUGUACAGAAUACCCCCGAACGCCGUUAACUAUGUGGAGAACUUUGAGGCGCGGCACAAAGGCAAGAAGCGGACGAAAGGCUCCGAGGCGCAUCAUCCGGCCAGGGCGCAGGAGCACAGCGGCGAGGACAUGGAAAAUCCGGGAAAAAGAAAAGCCGAUUUGAGUCUGAGUUCGGAGAGCAUUGACAGCAUUUACGGAUCGUCCGCAGCCGGGACUCGGCGGCAGGACCUCGGCGGACUGUUACUUCUGCCAGUGGCAGUGGCAGUGGCACUGGCAAUGGCACUGGCACUUUCGUCGGCGGAAGGGCUGCGGACAACUCAGAUGACACCGCCGCCGCAAACACUGACGCAUGUUUGACACAGACGCCGAGUUGACAUGGACAUGGAGUCAGUGCUAAAUCUGAGCUUGCAGCAGGAGAUGGAGCUGCAGCAGAAACUACGGUCUGCGGCAGUGGUAGUGGCUGUGCCAGUGGCAGUGCAAUGAUGAUUGAGUUCGCCAAUGCCAAACGCUGCUUGGUACUGAUUUAUGGCUCGUUGUGGCUGCUUUUAGUUAAAGUUUGUCAACGCGGAAUUACAUAUAUCAAGUCCACGAUGCGGAGCGAGUUAAGGCGCAUCUGUAGCAAGUAAGUAAACCAGGCUUCCUAGCUCCCAGUCGCGCUGUUGGAUUCUAGUGGAGGUUCAAGUUUAGCCGCCAGUGCAACCUUUGUAAAGUAUCGCAGAUCGCAAAUCGAGAACGGCACAUGUAUAUAGACGUAUUGCAAUAUUGGUUUUUGUAUAACUCUAGCAGGUAAAUGAGGUGGAGUUGGCAGGUUAGCAAGGGGCUAUGUAUUAUAAAGUUUGUAUAAACCGGAUGUGGGCAGUAAGAGGUAAAUAUCGCAACCUUUACUUUCCAAAGAGUUGGUGAAAGUCUUCGAUAAAGGAAACAGGAAAAUAUGCAAAACUAAAAACGCAGUUAAAGGAGUAUAUAGGAAAAGCUACCCGAUUCGAUAUACAAAGAUAUUUCGGAGAACUACAGACAGAAGUAAAUAUCCGCCAAAAGCUGAACAGCUUUAAUGUAAAAAAUCAAGAUUAUAUAUUUAUUAGCUCAGCAGCUGGCUGUGUUUCUCAAAACUUUAACCAUCAAUAAAUCUUCACUUUUAAUUUCGUUCAUUGCCUCGCUUCAUUGCUUCACUCCUGAAAUAUUAAACAGCAAUUAGCAAUUCCAAUGUUUAACGAUAUUCAACUUCAUUAACGAAUACAUAUCAUUUACUGAACUUUCUGAAAUUAACGAAAACUGAAUACCUUUCUUUCGGGUUUAGUUUCAACCAACAAUCAAUAUAAAUAAACAAAAGCAAAACUAAUAUGCAUUUCAGUUGUUUAAACUCUAUGCAGGCGGUAAAUUUAAUGCGCGAAUUAAUUCCACGAUUAAGUGCGGAUAAAGCUCCAUUUAAUAUAGCUAAAUGUAUAUGAAACAGACAAAUGAAAUUGUUAAAAAAGCAAACUAUAUCCGUUAUGUUUAUAUCGCUAUUAAAUACACAUACAUACACUAACACCAACUUAUCAACUAACCAUAUUAACGAGUAUCUGUAAGCAUCACAUGUACAUGGCAGUGUAAGCAAACGGAAGAGGCGACAGGAAUAUUUAUAAAAUGAAUAAAAGUUUAACAUUAAUG